UUUGAUGGAUGUGGAAAAUACUUUAUCAGAACAUCUCUCAGCGGAAAUGGAUGCAAUGAAGAAGAUUAAUGAAGACAUUAAGUACCAUGAAACAGAGCAGCAUGAGAUUGAUCAUCAAAUUCGUGAGCUUCGUCUACAUCAAGCCAUCGGGGUUACAACUUUUGAUGGGGAUGGAGUGCCGUCUUCGACGUGAAAUUGAGAGGCAUCACCGUGCAUUUACCGUGCCACCUAUUGGUCCAAUUGGUGCUCAUGUGACAUUAGUCAAUGGUGAUACAUGGGCUCCUGCUGUUGAACAAGCUAUUGGGAAGUUGCUAAAUGCAUUCAUUGGGAAAAAUUCUUAGGAUGCUAGCGCUC